AUGAGGCAGAAACAUGAUCAGAGGAACAGUGCUGGUGCUGACUUUGAAGAAGAGGAUGGAAUACUGAGCCAACGACCGCACUGCGUCCCAGGCUCCAGACAGCUCGAGACCAGAGCCCCGCACCUCAGUGCAGCCUUGAGUGCCGAGGUGAAGGUGACAGGCCAGAACCAGGAGCAGUUCCUGCUCCUUGCCAAGUCGGCUAAGGGGGCCUCGCUGGCCACACUCAUCCAUCAGGUGCUGGAGGACCCUGAUGUCUACGUGUUUGGGGAACUGCUGGAUAUGCCCGAUGUUAGAGAGUUGGCAGAAAGCGACUUUGCCUCCACCUUCAGGCUGCUCACAGUGUUUGCCUAUGGGACCUAUGCUGACUACUUUGAAGCCAGAAACCUUCCCCCACUCACCAAGGCUCAGAAGAAUAAGCUUCGAUGUCUGUCAGUUGUCACUCUGGCUGCCAAAGUCAAGUGUAUCCCGUAUGCAGUGUUGCUGGAGACCCUUGCCCUUCGGAAUGUGCGCCAGCUGGAAGACCUCGUGAUGGAGGCUGUCUAUGCCGAUGUCCUUCGCGGCUCUUUGGAUCAGCGCAAUCAGCGGCUAGAGGUUGACUACAGCAUUGGGCGGGACAUCCAGCGCCAGGACCUCAGUGCCAUUGCCCGAACCCUGCAGGAGUGGUGCGUAGGCUGUGAGGUGGUGCUGUCCGGCAUUGAGGAGCAAGUCAGCUGUGCCAACCAGCACAAGGAGCAGCAGCUGGGCCUGAAGCAGCAGAUCGAGAGUGAGGUUGCCAACCUUAAAAAAACCAUUAAAGUCACAACAGCAGCAGCAGCUGCUGCAGCCACGUCUCAGGAUCCUGAGCAACACCUGACAGAGCUGAGAGAACCAGCUCCUGGCACCAACCAGCGCCAGCCCAGCAAGAAAGCCUCAAAGGGCAAGGGGGAGAAGAUUAAUCCCCAGUCCACUCUAAAGCCAAGUGCUGGAAAGUGAAAAGAACCAGAUACUGUUGGCAGACUCUUGGCUAGCAGCCAGGAGGCCUAGACCCUGGACAAGUUGCUCCAUACCUCAGCCCAUGU